AUGUCUUACUCUUACAGAAAGUCCAACGUCACCGGCGGGUCCUGGUCGACGCCCUUCAACACCCCCUUCUUCGCCCGCUACGGCGAGUCGAGCAUCAAGGUUCCGAUAGCGGCGCUCCUCGAAGAAUACAACGCGUGGGAGAAGUCUCGGGUCACCGACGACUCUGCUCGGGAGCUGCCUCCUGUCGUCAAGCCCUCUGCUGCCGACGAUCCAUUCGCAUCGUCGGGCCCUAUCGACUGGGCCGACGAAGUCGAACAAGAGCUCUUCUCCGAUUGGACAACCCCCGACCACACCGACAGCAAGCCCGACGGCGAGGAGCUCGACGACCCCACCGACGACAUCCUGUUCAUCGUCCCAAUUGAAGACCGCAGGUUCGCUGAGAGAGACAGUGGCUUCACUCUCUUUAGGAUCCUGCAAGAGGCAGAGGUUGAGGAGACCGAUGGAGUCAAACUUACCGUUGCUGAAGCCGACUCGACUCCGACCAAUCUGACCGACCCGACUCCUCCGACCCCUCCAACCCCUUCAACCGACUUCAUGCCUCUGGCCCCUUCCACUGAUCUCGGUCUUGCAACUGCCUCGACUUCGACUUCGACGGACAUCGACAGCGAUUCCGACACUGACACCGACAUCGACACCGACAUCGACACCGACCGACCCGUCUUCCAAAUCCUCAACUGCAACGCGACCCACAACGGCGUCAACAUCGACACCCUCGACAUCGAUGACCCCGACUUCGACCCGGCCAACGAAUUCUGCACAAUGCUGCAAUACCUGUCCGCAACCGGGCUCCUCCGACUCGACACGUACGCGACCAUUUUCGACGCUGCGGCACGACACUGCGCAUCUGGCCACCCCUUCUGGCUGAACGAACGACCGGCCCCUAGUGUGAUCGUCCUCUGA